UCCGUCAGUCAGAAUAGAAACGUCAGAGACGAAAGUUUUGUUUGUUUUCGUUUUUUUUUUUUGGGUAAAUUUCAGGGUCCUGAAGUUCCCAAUGAAGUAGCUUACAUUCAAAAACUCUUAAAAUUUUUAAACACUUUUGGCUUUCAGUUAACAAAAAAUACAAAAAAUAAGGCAAUCAGAAUGGUCAUGUAGAGGACGCUGCAAUCGGGGUUAAGUCAACAAAAACAAGAGAGGCGAAACACACCGAAAGGGAAAACAAACAAAGUAACGGGAUUUAUGAGCCCAUCGCACUGACAGUUGACGCGAGGAGAAGAAGGAGCAGGAGAAGCUGAAACCGUCAGGCGAAGGAGGCGCAGCGGGAAAAAUGUCAAGCGAGGAGAUGCUAUACGCGCAGGGCGCGAAAAUAUGGAUAACGCACCCGGAACAUGUGUGGGAGAGCGCCACGUUGGAGGAGAGCUACCGCAAGGGUGCCGGCUUCUUGAAGAUCUGCACAGAGUCGGGCAGCUUGCGGGAGGUGAAGCUAAAACCCGAUGGCAGCGACCUGCCCCCACUGCGCAAUCCGGCCAUUCUGGUGGGUCAGAACGAUCUCACCACCCUGUCCUACCUGCAUGAGCCGGGGGUGUUGCACAAUCUGCGUGUCCGCUUCUGCGAGCGCCAGAUUAUCUACACCUACUGCGGCAUCAUUCUGGUGGCCAUCAAUCCCUAUGCCGAGAUGCCUCUGUACGGUCCAAGCAUUAUACGGGCAUAUCGCGGCCAUGCCAUGGGUGAUCUGGAGCCCCACAUCUUUGCCCUGGCCGAGGAGGCGUACACAAAGCUGGAGCGCGAGAAUUGUAAUCUAAGCAUCAUCGUUAGCGGCGAGUCUGGAGCAGGCAAGACGGUAUCUGCCAAGUAUGCAAUGCGUUACUUUGCCGCCGUCGGCGGUUCCGAGUCAGAGACUCAGGUCGAGCGCAAGGUGCUGGCAUCUUCGCCGAUCAUGGAGGCUUUUGGCAAUGCCAAGACAACGCGCAACGACAAUAGCUCCCGCUUUGGCAAGUUUACCAAGCUGCUGUUCCGCAAUCAGAUGGGCGUGAUGUACCUGCAGGGCGCAACCAUGCACACGUACCUGCUGGAGAAGUCGCGAGUGGUGUACCAGGCCCAGGGCGAGCGCAACUAUCACAUUUUCUAUCAGUUGUGUUCAGCGCGGGCCAAGUAUCCGGAAUUGGUGCUGGAUCACCAGGACAAGUUCCAGUUCCUGAACAUGGGCGGUGCUCCGGACAUUGAGAGGGUCUCCGAUGCGGAUCAAUUCAACGAGACUGUGCAGGCCAUGACAGUGCUGGGCUUUUCCAUACAGCAGAUAGCGGACAUCGUCAAGAUACUGGCUGGCAUACUGCAUUUGGGCAACAUCGAGGUGUCCAAGAAGUUCCACGAGGGCAGCGAAGAGGAGGACACCGACUCGUGCGAGAUAUUCCCCAACGACAUCCACCUGCAGAUCACCAGCGAUCUUCUUCGGGUGAACGCCGAGGAUCUGCGUCGGUGGCUUUUGAUGCGUAAGAUAGAGUCGGCCAAUGAAUAUGUACUGAUACCGAACAGCAUUGAGGCAGCCCAGGCGGCACGCGACGCUUUGGCCAAGCAUAUCUAUGCCAAACUGUUCCAAUAUAUUGUCGGUGUGCUGAACAAGAGCCUCAACAACGGUAGCAAGCAGUGCAGCUUCAUUGGCGUCCUCGAUAUCUACGGCUUCGAAACGUUCGAGGUGAACUCGUUUGAGCAGUUUUGCAUCAACUAUGCCAACGAGAAGCUGCAGCAGCAGUUCAAUCAGCAUGUCUUUAAGCUGGAGCAGGAGGAGUACCUCAAGGAGGGCAUCACCUGGACCAUGAUUGACUUUUAUGACAAUCAGCCGUGCAUAGAUCUCAUUGAGUCGCGGCUGGGCGUGCUAGAUCUACUCGACGAGGAGUGUAGAAUGCCCAGGGGCUCGGACGAGAGUUGGGCUGGCAAGCUCAUCGAAAAGUGCACUAAAUUUCCGCAUUUUGAGAAGCCGCGCUUUGGCAGCACCAGUUUCUUUAUCAAACAUUUCUCGGAUACGGUUGAGUAUGACGUGAACGGUUUCUUGGAGAAGAACCGUGACACUGUCUCCAAGGAGCUAACCCAAGUCUUGGUCGAGUCCAACAUGUCGCUGGUCAAGCAGGUCAUGUGCCUCGAGGAGAUUGACACUCUCAGCGUGGAUACGGCCAAAACCUCCACCUUGGGCGGUCGUGUGGUCAUCAGUGCUGGCCGGAAACAGCAAAUGAAUGAAACACGUCGACGAGUGGUGCCAUCGAAGCAGCAUCGAAAAUCUGUUGGCUCGCAGUUCCAGGAGAGUCUCGCCUCGCUGAUAUCCACAUUGCACGCCACAACGCCACAUUAUGUGCGCUGCAUCAAGCCAAAUGACGAGAAAGUGGCUUUCAAGUGGGAGACAUCAAAGAUCAUUCAGCAACUGAGGGCAUGCGGUGUCCUGGAGACAGUUCGCAUUUCGGCCGCUGGCUUCCCCUCGCGCUGGCUCUAUCUGGACUUUUAUAUGCGCUACCAGCUGCUGGCACAUCGCGCCAAUAUUGACAAGAACGACAUGAAGCAGUCGUGCCGCAACAUAGUGAUGAAGUGGAUCCAGGACGAGGAUAAGUACCGCUUUGGCAACACUCAGAUUUUCUUCCGUGCCGGCCAGGUGGCCUUCCUGGAACAGGUGCGUGCCAAUCUGCGCAAGAAGUACAUUACGGUAGUGCAGUCUGUGGUCCGUCGCUUUAUUUACCGCCGACGCUUCCUGCGCCUGCGCAAGGUGAUCAGUGGGAUUCAGAGGUGUGCCCGUGGCUUCAUGGCUCGCCAGCGGGUUCAGGAGAUGCGCGAGGCUCGGGCUGGAUUGAUAUUGUCGAAAUACGCUCGAGGUUGGCUGUGCCGCCGGCGAUAUUUACGCCUACGCCACUCUAUACUGGGCAUACAGACCCUGGCCCGGGGCAUGCUGGCCCGCAAGAAGUUCUAUGCCAUGCGGGAUAACUAUAGGGCGCUGCAGAUCCAGCGUUUCGUGCGCGGUGCUCUGGCUCGGCGUGCUUACCAGAAGCGAAGACGUGACAUUAUCAUUUGCCAGGCGGCCGUACGCCGGUUCUUGGCACGCCGCAAAUUCAAGCGGAUGAAGGCCGAGGCCAAGACCAUCUCGCAUAUCAGUGCCAAGUACAUGGGGCUGGAGAACAAGAUUAUAUCCAUGCAGCAGCGCAUUGAUGAGCUCAACCGCGACAACAGCAACCUGAAGCACAAGACCAGCGAGAUUAGCGUUUUAAAAAUGAAACUGGAGCUAAAGAAGACCCUCGAGGGCGAUCUGAAGAACCUAAAGGCGGCUUGCCAAGACAAGGACAAGCUAAUCGAAGCUCUCAAUAAGCAGCUGGAGGCAGAGCGCGAUGAAAAGAUGCAGCUACUCGAGGAAAACGGGCAUGCCCAGGAGGAUUGGGUCAACCAGAAGCAGUCUUGGUGCUCGGAGAAUGAGGAUUUGCGCCGCCAGAUCAGCGAGAUGAUCGAACUGGCCAAGAACGCUGAGGUAAGUCAGCGCACACAAGAGGACCGGAUGCUGGCUGAGGAUAACAAGGAGCUCAACGAGGCCUACCAGCGUGCCAUCAAGGACAAGGAGGUGAUUGAGAAUGAAAACUAUACCCUAAAAGAGGAACUGAGUCGCCUCACGGCUGGCAAUUACCGGCUGCAUGCGCGCACUGGCAGCAAUGCAUCCAGCCAGAACGAGGAGGAUGUGGGUUAUGCUUCGGCCAAGAAUACGCUGGACAUCAAUAGGCCACCGGAUCUAUUGAGCAAGAAUUAUGCCACCAGUGAUGUGACCACUUUGGUGAUGAAACUGCGCGCUGUUCUCGAGGAGGAGAAGCAAAAGAGCAAGUACCUGCAGGAGCAGUACCUCAAGCUGGCCAAUCGCUACAAGCCCAGCGAGGAUUCCUAUCGAGUCUACGAGCUUGAGGUAGAGAACGAGAAACUGCGCAGCGAGUACGAUCAGCUGCGAACGAGCAUCAAACACGGUGUUGAGAUCAACGAGCUCAAUGCCCAGCAUGCGGCUCUCCAAGCCGAGGUACUUAGGCGACGCGACGAGUGCAUCCAAUUGAAGGCGGUCCUGCUGGAGCAGAGCCAGGUUAUGAAGUCUAUCAAUCCGGAGAGCAAUGAUAUCCAUGUUUUGGGCGAGGCUUUGCAGGCCCAGAAGCUCAUUAAUCGCCAACUGGAGUCCGAACUGGAGGCCAUUACCGAAGAGCACAACAGCAAGCUGGUGGAGAUGACGCAGGUCAUCGAGAGGCUAAGCAAUGAAAAGGAAGACCUGCAGAAGGUGAUCUUUGAAAGCAUUGAUCAGUUUGAGGACGCCAAUGUGGACACACUGAAGCAUAACGAUCGGUAUUUGCGAAGGGAACUGCAACAGUCCGUGGCCCAGUGUCUGCUUGUUCAGGAGGAACUGAAGUUGGCCCAUGCCAAGCUCAAGGCAUAUCGCCAGGAUGGCGGCGAGCUGGAGCACAAGCUGGAGGUGGAAAUGAAGCAACAGCAGCAGAACGGCGGCAGCGGCGAUAGCGUGGGCGCCGUGGUGGUGACCAAGCAAAAGUCACAAAAUCCUUUGGGUCUAAUGAAGUUCCACAGCAGUGAUCUCGACAAGAUUCUGCAGCGUUUACUCCACGCUCUAACGCCGCGCACAGCGGUGGGCCUGCUGCCUGGCUUCCCAGCUUACCUGAUUUUUAUGUGCAUAAGAUACACCGAUCUGACCAAUGCCGAUGACGAUGUGCGCGAGCUUCUGAGCAAGUUUGUGAUACAGAUCAAGAAAAUGCAUCGAACUCCGCAUCCCAUUGAGAACCGUGUCAUUUGGCUUGUCAACUCCAUAACACUGCUGAAUCUCCUCAAGCAAUAUGGAGAUGUGGAGGAGUAUGUGAAACUGAAUACCGAGAAACAGAAUCAGCAGCAGCUCAAGAACUUCAAUCUCUUCGAGUAUCGUCGCGUGAUCCUUGACUUGAUUGUGAAUCUGUACCAGGCUCUGAUCAUGCAAAUCCAAGGCCUGCUGGACCCCAAGAUAGUUCCGGCCAUACUCAGUAAUGAUGAGAUACAGCGCGGUCGUCAGGCUCAUGGCAUACGCAGUCGAACGGCGUCGAUUGGAGCAGCUGCAGCUGCUGCUGCCUCAUCGCCAGAGCAUGCUGGAGCGGGUCCCGCCUGGAAGCAACUGAUUGGCCAGCUGGAACAUUUCUAUACGCAAUUCCAGCACUUUGGUUUGGACAACUGCUAUGCAGAGCAGAUAUUCAAUCAACUGCUGUACUUUGUGUGCGCCGUGGCCCUCAACUAUUUGAUGUUGCGCGGUGAUAUAUGCAUGUGGGAGACUGGGAUGAUCAUACGCUAUAAUAUAGGCUGCAUAGAGGAUUGGGUGCGCAGCAAGAAGAUGUCCAACGAAGUUCUGGCUCCUUUGGCUCCACUCAACCAAGUCUCACAGCUGCUGCAGUCCCGUAAAAGCGAGCAGGAUGUCCAGACCAUUUGUGAUCUGUGCACAUCUCUGAGCACUGCCCAGGUGCUCAAGGUGAUGAAGUCCUACAAGCUGGAUGACUACGAGAGCGAAAUAACCAAUGUUUUCCUAAUGAAGCUCACCACGGAACUUAACACCCGACAAAUGCAGCGAAAGAGCCAUGGCGACGAAUUUACCAUUGACCAGAAGUUCAUACAGCCGUUCAAGGUGGUCUUCCGGUACAGUGACAUCAAGCUGGAGGACAUUGAACUUCCGUCGCAUCUGAAUCUGGACGAAUAUCUCACCAAGAUCUAGGAUAUUCGCUCUCUUUUUUUAUGAUUUAAGCCUAACGAUUGUAGAAAAAUUAAUAAUGUAUAAUGUACUUGUACUUGUAAUUGAUGUCUGCUUAAAAUCGAUUACCAAAUCGAUGCGAGGCUUAGUGUAGGUAGAGUUCCUGCUUAUUUUACGUGUCCCUCCAUGUUCCUUGUUGCCAACCAUGUUUAGUUUAUUUGUUGUACGAAUUAAUUGUAGCAAAAAAAAAAUUAGUAGGAAGAGGUUAUAAACCAGAGAAAGCCUUUUUGAAAUGUGAAAUGUUAGGGGUUGGACCCCAUGAAACGGAGCAUUCCUUGCCUUGUGACCUUGUACCUUAGAGCAUAUAUUAAAUGUACUUAACCAGGCCGCUUUAGUGGCCUUUAACUACAGAUGAUAGCCUCAUAAGACUCAUAUUUAAAAAGAGAACACCGAAGAAGCCAAGCAAUCACUUUCACUAUUAUUUAUGUAUUCUCAUUCUCUGUUUUAGUUUAGGCAACUUUUGUUAUUUGUAGAUGAAAAAUUGUUUAGCAAAAUCCAUAGAUAUCUUUAAACACUUAUAUACACAAUAUAUUAACGAAAAAAACAAUGAAUUUGUACAAAUAUAUAUAUGUAUUUGCGAGUUAACAA